GUGGUUGCCUUCCUCGCGACGGCAUGUCUUCUGGUGCCUGUUCGUGGGAUGUUCGUGCCAGUUGGUCUGCUGAAAGAUUGCAUCGGGCCCAUCCCUCCAGAGACCCUGCAGAAACACGAGGAUGGUUUCUUCGCCUCUUGGGAGACGCAGGCCCAUGACGAAGAUGCCGAUGGUGAGCAAGUCGAAGGUCAAGGCCGGAUUGUCGGAGUGGCCGGGCUGAUCACGAAGGGGAAGUUCAGACUCUUGUACUCCGAGACGGCGUGA